AUGAUAGAACUUCAAGUAUCCCAAUUUUUAUAUGGUGUAAUACCCCAAAAAGGUGGAAAUUAUUUAAGAACUUCAUUAAAGAAUGCUUUGUUAGCAAUUAACCAUCACCUUCAAGAUGUAAAACCUGUACCUGAAAAUACUAGUCAUGCAAUUAGUGGUCACAAAUCUUCUGGUGGAUAUUACGCUUAUGCAAAACCUACAGAUAAUUAUAAAAGAGAAACAUUAGCAAAUGUCCUUAAUAAAAUAAUUACUAUUCUAUUUCCAUCAUCUACUAAAGCAUUUCAAGAUUUGAUUAAUGAUUCUGAUUCUGAAGCUGAUAAUUAUGAAGACUUACAAAAUAAUAUAUUUGAAGAUGAUAAUGAUACAUCUGUGCAG